AUGAUAGGAUACUUGCGAAGCCGAUGGAGAGGAAAAGGGGAAAAGGCCCCCGGGAAUUGCGGAGAGGGAGAAUUGGCGCGAAAAAACGGAAGCGCGACGGUAGUGGUAGACAUUCUCUCCCCGUCCGCCGACGGCGGCGAGCACAGCCCCCGGUCGGUCGGAAGCGGCAGAAAGAGUCUGCUUGCGCCCGCCGCGGGGAGAGGCGGAGCAGAAACUGAGCCGCUGAUUCCCUGGCGGAGGCGGUACCGGCGGAACAACCGUUACAUUCGCCACCGGCGCGGGGAGGGCCCGGAUGGAUCCACGUGGCAGUACGUGGGCGACGUGUUUAGCGUGCAGCGGUAUCUGCGGAUGAGUAUGAUGUGGCGCCACGUGUGCAUAGCGAUGUGGGUGCUGGUGACUUUAGCGGCUGCUACGGCCGUGUUCAGCGCGACGUAUAAGAGCUUUCAAGACGAGCGCCAGGUGGCGCUGGUGGUGGAGUGCGAGGCGUACAAGAAGCUGCUGCAGGGCCACUUCACCGACACCUCCAACCAGAUUCGGCUGCUUGCCAAUCUGAUGACCACGUUUCACUACAACAAGCCUCCGGGCACCCUCGACAGGGCCACGUUCAUGGGGUUUCUCAACGACACGGAGUACGCGCGUCCGCGUUUGAGGGACGUCUCGUUUGCCGCUAGUGUGCCGCAGGCAGAGAGGGGGGCGUAUGAGAGGGCGCAGGGGGGCGGCUUCUGCAUCAAGCACGACAUGGCAUGUGCGGGGCAGCAGUCGGACUACGCACCCAUCCUCUACACCACGUCCUCUCUUCCACUCAUUGGACAGGACAUGCUCUGGGACGCGUUCCCAGCCAACAGGGAGGCAGUGAUUAGAGCGCGGGACCAGGGAAUUAUGGGAGCACUCACCCCGCCGCUGCAGAUGGCAGUCGACUCGCUGGGUGGCAUCAACGUCGGCAGCAGCAGCAGCACGGGCGCGUCUGGCAGCACUGUAGCAUCGGAAUCAAGCGGUAACCGGGACCUAAACACCGUCAUGUUACGCGUGUACCCGGUGUAUGAGGAGCGCACACCCCCGGAUGCAGGGGCGGGUGUGGCUGAGUUCCGAUCCAAGUGCCGAGGGUUCAUGUCGGCUGCGAUUGAUUUUGAGCCGUUGAUAAAGUCGCUGCACCGGGAGCACAUGCCGAUGUUUGUACCUAGACUAUUACGUGUUCCCCUGCUCCUCUUUAGGCUGGGCGCUCGUUUUAGUCACAGUGAUGUCGCUUCUUGGCUACGUGUGGUGGGUGGCGAGCUCGCACGUGCACCAAUUGGAGCACGACUUCCACCGCAUGGAGCUGCUAAAGGACAAAAUGAAGGCCUUCCCCCAUUCCUCUCCCUCCAUUUCUCUCCGCGUCUCCCCCCAUUCCUCUCUCCCCACCCCCCCCAUUCCCCUCCCCCGCAUCCCCCCAUUCCCCUCCCCCAUUCCCCCAGAUACCUAGACUACUACGUCUUCCCCUACUCCUCUUUAGGCUGGGCGCUCGUUAUAAUCACAGUCAUGUCCCUACUGGGGUACGUGUGGUGGGUGGCGAGCUCGCACGUGCACCAAUUGGAGCACGACUUCCACCGCAUGGAGCUGCUAAAGGACAAAAUGAAGGCCGCCCGCAACGUGGCUGAGCGCGCCAGCAAGGCCAAGGGGACGUUCCUGGCCACCAUGUCCCACGAGCUGCGCACGCCCAUGAACGGCGUCAUAGGCAUGCUGAACCUGCUGCUGGAGACGCCCCUCACGAUCACCCAGCUGGAUUAUGUCGAGACGGCUCGCACCAGCGGGCGGGCGCUGCUGGAGCUGAUCAACGACAUCCUCGACCUCUCCAAGAUUGAGACGUCUCAAAAACACCCUCACUUCACGUGGCUGCUCCUGAUAGACGUGUACAGGAGGUGUUUUGGCCUCCCUUAUCUUUCCCUCCUCCAAUUUCCCCUACUUUUUCCCUCCCCCUCGCAUGCUUCCUCUUCCCCCCACCAGGCGCAGAAGAUGCAGCUGGAGCGGGUCCCCAUGGACGCGCAGAAGAUGCAGCUGGAGCGGGUCCCCAUGGACGUGCGGGGCGAGGUGGACACGGUGCUCACAAUGUUCAUCGAGCGCUUCCGAGACAAGCCGCUGCUGCAGGUCGAUGCAUACGUCGACCCGCUCGUGACGGCUGCUGUUCUGGGCGACUCUCUGCGAUUGCGCCAG